CGUGGCAGACACAUACCUGGACACCCAAUCACAUGGAAGGGUCAGUUCAGCCCAGACACACCCAUGGUUGAAUGCAUCGAGAGAGACUGUACACGUGUGUGUGGGUGCAUUGCACGGGCGGUUUGGUAUGUACCUAUGCAGAGAGGUGUGCAGCGGCCAAGGUAAAGAACACACAACGGAUCAGAUCACCUGCCGGCGUACACAACUGAACGGGUCAUCAUUGCAUCAACUGACUUAACCUCAACUCCCCUCAGCCAGUCUCUCGAGUGUCACUACACACAGUACGACAGACGUCGUGUCUCACUGAUCGUUGCUCAACCGUUCACACAAGUGGCUCUAUCAUUCCUCUCUCACCCUGUGUGUGCAUUUGCCAGCUCAUAUCCUACACAAUUUUACAUUUCCUAAAUGGUCACACGCUUCGAACCAGCGGCACUACACAUGGCUAAGACACGCACACCACCUUCCUUGCUGCUUGCACCCUCAUAUGACACGGGAGAGAGAGCCAGCCAUCAACCGCCCGCCACACCCACCACCUGCCAUCCAGCGAGUCAGUUCCCCGGGGACACAUACCUGAGCUCACUCACUCGUCACGCACAUCCGUCUGUCAUGUGUGCCUGCCUGCGUGUCUACACAUAAGAAAAGCAACAACAUGCAGCCAGCCCUCAACCCCGCCACAUCGCCCUUCGUCCCCUCGGCGGGCGACCUGAGAUACCACACACGCAUGAACACACACGAUGGAGGGAGGCAGUGCAGGGAGGUGUGCAGGGAGUGCUGAGGUGGCGAGGUGUACCACUCUUACAUCUGCCUCUCUGACAGCUCAGAAGCUCCGCCAGCUUUGAGCAGUCGGCGUCGUCAUCACACCGGAGUCGCCGACAUCGCCGCGGCUCAGUCUCAGUCUCUCCACAAACGAACCCCUUGUCAGUGGCGCAGUCGUCAUCACUGUCGCAGGGCCCGAACGGCUCUGAGGCCCACAGCACAAACACAAGACAUGGCUGCCUGUCGGCCGACAGGUAGAUAAGCGGCCGCUUACCCUGCUCAUAUUCGGGGUCUUCUGAGGCCGUGUCGUUUGCUGGGCGGGUAGUGUUGCCUUGAGCCGAGGUUGGCACCUGCUCUUUCUCGCCGCUGUCCUGCUCAGCCGCGGCUGGGCCUUCGGCCGCCUCGUUGGCGUCGUCCUGCAGCGAUCGGGUGAGAGGCGCGGCCGGCGGCUGCGGUGCCGCGCGCACACACACCAACGCUGCUGAGGGGAGGGAGGAGGGACACACAGACAGAGGUGUGUGUGACAGGCCUUUUCUUUCUCUCUCUCUCAGCAGGUCGUGUGGUGUGGUGUGUGGGGGCGGUGCUCACCGGCCAGUGAGAUGGCGACCCACAGGAGGGCGGGGCACAGCACAGACGAGCGCAUCGAGGCCUCCUCGGUCAGCUCAGGGGAGGGAGGGAGGGGCGACGGAAGCCGACAAAGAGAGGAAAGAACAAAACUGUUUCGCCGAAAGGGAACGAAAACCCGAGAAAGGGAGUGAAAGAGAGCGCCUUUUGAAA